AUGAACCCCCAUAUAGUUAUCCAUUGGAGGCUAAAUGAGGUGGAUUGUGAUGAAAGGAUUGUCAUGUUCAAUAGCGUAUCUUGGUCGUUUGGACUGGUUAUUGAAGGUUUCAAGCAUUAUAGGCCGCUACUUCAAAUUGAUGGAACCCAUUUGUAUGGAAAGUAUGAAGGAACAUUAUUGAUAGCUACCUCAGUCGAUGCAAAUGGUCACGUCUAUUCAAUUGCAUACGCUAUUGUACCAGAGGAAAGUGCUGAUUCAUGGGGCUGGUUUUUUAGAAAUUUAUGGGAUCAUGUGGUGCAUGGAAGGGAGGGAAUGUGUCUAAUUUUAAAUAGACACAAAGACAUUAUAUCUACCAUCAGAAACCCUAACAACGGUUGGAUAGGAGUACACCACAGAUUCUGCUUGCGACAUGUGGAGAGUAAUUUUAACGACAGGUAUAAAAAUAGUCUAUUGAAGAGUUUGGUGUAUAGUGCAGGAUCAAAAUUUCAAGUUCGAAAGUUUAAUGACUGUAUGGUUGAACUUCAAACAGCAAAUCCUAAUUGCUUACGAUAUUUUUCUUCCAUAGAUCCUAAGCAGUGGACACAAUCACAUGAUGGUGGUCAUCGUUAUGGAUGGCUAACCACGAAUGUGGCCAAAAGUACAAAUGUUGUUCUGAAAGAAGCCAGAAAGCUACCCAUCACUGCACUAGUCCAAGCAACAUUCUAUCGAAUUAUUGCUUAUUUCGCUGCUUGUCGUGUAGAAAUAGAGACUGUUCUUGAAUCAGGAGAGUACCAUAAGAGGUAUUCUAAGUAA